GUGAGAUCCGUGCGCUCUCUCCAAGUUGAUCUCCAAGUGGUGUGUUGUUCACUCCCCGCUGUUUCUCGGGUUUCAAAGCGGGGGAGGGGUCGACCCGUUCCCAAAUAAUGCUAGCGUUUUAAUACCUGCACCCCAUCUCUGCACGGAGUCAUUCUUGGAGACGCUAGCAGGCUCGCGGAGAGACAUAAAAAGUCAUACGUUUUCACAUCCUACGGCUGAUUCCUAACUAACCGCUGAAGACAUUUUCUUAAGACAAGUUUUGGAUAACAUUUAAAACUUUGAAGAAACUUUUCUUGACGGGACAUUGAUUGCGGGAAUUUCAAAAACUAGUAAACGUUCAACUUUGAACAUAUUCUGCCUACCUGGCCCACCCGGACGUCUUUGGUGCUUCUGGUCCAUUGGUCACCGAUCCCAGGUGAGUGAGGGUAGGAAGAUGACGCGUCUCUGUGUGUCCAUUCUUCUCUCCCUGAUCGCCCUCACCAAUGCCAGGCCAAAAACAGCUCCAGAGCAGAAGUGUAAGUCCGGCCCGGUGGACCUGGUCUUCAUCAUCGACAGCUCUCGCAGCGUUCGUCCUCACGAGUUUGAGACCAUGAGGAAGUUCAUGAUCGACAUCCUGGACACGCUGGACAUCGGGGCCGACGCCACUCGGGUCGGGGUCAUCCAGUACUCCAGCCAGGUCCUCAAUGAGUUCUCCCUGAAGACCCACUUCACGACGGAGGCCAUGGUGAAGGGCAUCAACGAGAUCAUUCCUCUGGCCCAGGGCACCAUGACCGGCCUGGCCAUCAAGUACACCAUGGAUGUAGCCUUCACCCCUGAGGCAGGGGACCGGCCCAAGGUGCCCAACGUGGCGGUGAUCGUGACGGACGGACGGCCCCAGGACCGCGUGGCGGAGGUGGCCGCCGAGGCUCGGGAGAAGGGCAUGGAGAUCUACGCCGUGGGCGUGGCCAGAGCAGACAUGACAUCACUCAGGGCCAUGGCGUCCCCGCCGUUUGAAGACCACGUGUUCCUGGUGGAGUCCUUCGACCUCAUCCACCAGUUCGGACUCCAGUUCCAGGACAAGCUGUGUGGCCUAGAUAUGUGUGUAGAGUCUGACCACGGCUGUGAACACAUAUGUGAGAGUUCUCCAGGCUCCUACCACUGCCUCUGUCUGCCCGGCUACACACUGAACACAGAUGGCAAGACCUGCUCAGCUAUAGAUCUAUGUGCGCAGGGGAAACAUGACUGUGAGCAGGUGUGUAUCAGCUCUCCUGGCUCCUUCACCUGUGACUGCAACAAAGGAUACACACUUAACGCAGAAGACAAGAAGACCUGCACCAUGAUCGAUUACUGCUCCUUCGGGAACCACAGCUGUGACCACCAGUGUGUGAGCAUUCUUAACGGGUACCACUGCAAGUGUAACCUUGGAUACCAUCUCCAUGACGAUGGCAAGAAAUGCCAGCCUAUAGAUCUGUGUGCGCAGGGGAAGCAUGAGUGUGAGCAGGUGUGUGUCAGUGCGCCGGGGGUCUACACCUGCGACUGCAACAAAGGAUACACACUCAACGCAGACAAGAAGACCUGCACACCUAUAGAUCUGUGUGCGCAGGGGAAGCAUGAGUGUGAGCAGGUGUGUGUCAGUGCGCCGGGGGUCUACACCUGCGACUGCAACAAAGGAUAUACACUCAACGCAGACAAGAAGACCUGCACACACAUGGACCUGUGUAAUUCGGUGGAACAUGGCUGUGACUUCCAGUGUGUCAGCACUCCAGGGUCAUUCUACUGCAUCUGCCCCGAGGGGCAGUUGCUACAGGACAACGGGAAGAGCUGUGGAACCUGUAAGUCGGCUAACAUCGACCUGGUCUUCCUUAUCGACGGCUCCAAGAGUGUUCGGCCCCAGAACUUUGAGCUGGUCAAGAAAUUUGUCAACCAGGUGGUGGAUUCCCUAGACGUGUCUGCCCAGGGAACCCGGGUGGGUCUGGUCCAGUACUCCAGCCGCGUCCGGACAGAGUUCCCCCUCAACAUGUACCACACCGCAGAGGACAUCAAAGCUGCUGUCAUGAAGGUAGAUUACAUGGAAAAGGGCACCAUGACGGGUCUGGCUCUCAAGCACAUGCUGGAGAACAGUUUCUCUGAGGCAGAGGGGGCUCGGCCGGCUGCCAGGAACAUCCCUCGCAUUGGCUUGGUGUUCACCGACGGACGCUCCCAGGACGACAUCACUGAGUGGGCCAAGCUGACCAAGGAGGCUGGUCUCACCAUGUAUGCGGUGGGUGUAGGCAAGGCGGUGGAGGAUGAGCUUCGUGAGAUUGCCUCGGAUCCCGUGGAGAAAUAUUUCUACUACACCACGGACUUCUCCGCCAUCAACACCAUUGCAGAAAACCUCAAACUCAACGUCUGCCCAGCGGAGAGUCAGGGUGAGAUCGAGGUAAAGGACCCAUGUGCCUGUGAGAGCUUGGUGGAGUUCCAGCAGGCCACAAUGAGCUCAAUGGAGCAGCUGACACAGAAACUGGCUGCCAUGACGACACGCCUUGGGGACCUGGAGAACCAGCUGCUGUCCAGGAAGUGAACAGGAAACACCACUGUGGUCAAACAGGAAGUUCCAACUCCAUAAAGGAAGUGGUGACAGAGGUAGACUAGGUAGUGGAGGAUGAGGGAAAAUCAACAUCUCAAUGUAGAACAUCCAACAUACCCCUUCAACAUUUACUUUCAUUAACAAGCUAUCUUGUUUCUAUGUAAACAUCAAGUAAAGAAAUACACAUUCAGUCUUAACAUUUCUACAGUCAUGACUUCCUACAGAAACUACCUAUGUCGACGUUUGAUGUAUACUUAUUUGAAUACCAGAAAGAUACUUAUGUUCAGCUCUUGAUAGGCUGCAUGACAUGAUUAUAACAUGUAUGUGGCAUGUGUUGUAAUAAGUUUUCUGUGUAUGUUAGAAUGUUUAGCAUGAGGGUUGUGGAAAUUAACUCCAAAACACCAUUGUAUCUCUAUAACUUCUGUCCCAUAACCAUCUUGACCCUUUGUUGAUUCUAUUUAUACUUGAUUGAUUUUGCUACCUUUUGUUAAAUAUGAUGUAUUUAUAGGAGAUUUUGAUACAAGUUGUGUUUGAGAGUACUUCACUGGAAAGUUCUUGUCCUAGUCUUACCUUUGAACGUACUACUAGUAUUAUACAUUUGUGAAGUGCUAACGUCAGUUUGAUACUGCCGACACUAAAGGA